AUGCAUCGCAGCUAUUCAUCGAAAUCAUACGAUAUUCUACAUGGAAUCAAUGUCCCUGCAAAUAUUUCAUCAAUGUUCACUUACUUAAGUUAUUUUCCGCCUCCACCACCAUUAAUACCUGGUCCACCACCUCGCCGUUCUUGGACAUGCUCUUCUCGUUCAUUAUCAUCUUCAUCUUGUUUUGUAUCAGAUGAUUUAAAUCCUCCAAGUUUACGCACAUAUGUUCCAUUAAUAACUGCUAAUCAAUCAUCAGCAAUCAAAAACACAUCUCCGAUGAUCAAACUACCAUACGCGAAUUCAAAGAUUUCACCUUUUGUACAAUUCGUACACACACAUCUGACAGUUCUUCUACUUUUAAUGAUUCUCAUAAGUAUCUUACUCUUUUUAAUUUUGUUCUUCUCGUUAUUUCUCUAUAUUCAACGUGUUCGACAAAGACGACUAGCCACGAACGAUCGUAUUCAUGCGGAUGAUAUCAAUAAUAACAACUCAGAAUCGAAUCAUCAUCAUUCAAGUACGAGUAAACAUAAGAAUUUUUAUUACCACUUAAUACCUUAUCGGGAAAAAACAACACGAAAAACAAAUAAUGAAAUUGAUCGAACGAAUCAUGAUUCAUCAAUACUUGAAGUCAUUCAUCUAACGAAAUCAAGUGGAACGCAUAGAAAAACUAAUAUUGAAGAACAAGAAGAGGCUCUUUAA